UCCGUGUCUGUAUAAAGUCUCUCUGAACUGAUGGCGAAUGAUCAGAAACCAGCAGCUCGAGGAACUUCAGCAGUCUUUUCUUAUAAACUCUUAUUAAUGUUCGUUCUGACGAUGUUUCGUGUGUUUUCGGCUGUUCUGCUGCUGUGUGUGUGCGGUGUGUGUGUGCGCGUGAGCGCGGAGCGCGCGGGAGAUUUCGGAGUGAAACUGUGCGGCCGUGAGUUCAUCAGAGCCGUGAUCUUCACCUGCGGAGGCUCCCGGUGGAGGAGGAGCGCGCACGAGCCCGGUCUGCUGCUGCUGGACGCGUUUCAGGACGCUGUGGACACAGAGCGCGCGCUCAGCCCGGAUACAGAGACGUCUCUCGCGGAGCUGCUUCCGGUGAUGAUGAGCGACGGACCGGAGACGCUCGAGCGGACGCGUCCCGACCGGCGGAAGCGGAACUUCUCCAUGGGACUGGCGGGAAUGUGCUGUAAUCAGGGCUGCACCAAGAACGACAUCGGCCUCCUGUGCUGAUGAUGAUGAUGAUGAUGAUGAAGGACUGAACUGUUUGAUCGUCCCAGUGAUUCAUUUCUGUUUAUUUAUUUCACAUCUGUUCAUAUGACCACAUGAAUAAACAACUUCUUGAUUGCAA